AUGAUUACUUCUGACAUAUCCGUCAUUGGCCUUUCGACUCUUCCCUUCAGUCUCUCUACUGCGGCUUGUGGCUUGUAUCUUAGUGCAGGCCUCGCGAAGGUCGCCGAUAAAUCUGAUACCACUCAUAAUCAAGUGCUCAUUUGGGGUGCCAAUGGCGGCGUCGGCAAACUAGCCGUCCAGCUUGCCAAGUUGUCUGGCUAUUCUGUCAUUGUGGUUACGUCGAGAGAUGAAACCAAGGCAGAGGUUGCAUCAAGGGGUGCUGACCAUGUUUUCUCGAAUUCCGAGUCGGACUUGGUAAGAAAGAUUCGUGCUGUUGCGCCAAAUCUGCGACACGCUUUCGAUACGGUUGUCACGGGUGACACCAUGGCUAAGAUUGUUGAAUGCUGUGAGAAGCCCGCAAAGGUGGCUGCCGCGAUCAAGUAUAAUGGACCUGAAAUCGACGGAGUUCAGAUAACCCCGGUCUACAGUGGUGAGAUCAUGGGAAAGACGAUGGGCGGUCUGCCAUCAGCAGCUGGGCUUGAACUUGGAAAGUGGCUUUGGGGGAAUCUUGACCAAUGGAUAAAGUCGAAUCAGAUCACGCCGCUCGAGUAUGAAGAACUUGAUGGACUUAAGAGUGUUCAGGAUGGCUUGGAGGUCCUAGAAAGCGGGAAAGCGCGCAGAAAGCUAGUCACGUAUAUUGUGUGA